AUGCGAUCGGAGUUUGGACGUGCAACUAAAGAUAGCGCAUUGCAGAAUGCUCUAGCCUGGUGGCGACCUCCACUGCUUCGUCCAAUGUCGGCGGUGGACGACGCAGUAACUGUACCCAAGCAUCAGGCUCACGGAUGCCAGUGCGAAAUCGGUCCAGGACCUUCCUUCCGACCUCUUCAGCCGAAACGCCCGGAAACGCUCGAUGCGCCAGUUCCUGCGGCGCCUCGAAAUAGUCCUGUAUCGACUCGGGCUCCGUCUGCUUGCGAUUUAAAAAACGUCCAAGGUAGAUACUGGUAUGUGUAG